UCCCAGCCACAACUGUGGGAAUGGGUCACGUCCCAAACUCAUCAGUAUGACUUACAGCAGGCGAUUCAUCCUCGACACGGGCACUCGUAUUUCACGACCUCUCGCCAAAGUUCAGCGAUAUUUCUACGCCCGGAUCUAUCCCACAUGGCGAUAACACUUUGUAUACAUUUUGUGAUUCUAUCGUAAACUUAAACGGACGCCAUUCUAUGCGCAAGUCUUUGUAUAUUAACAUGACGCGCCAUUUUCUUAGCCUGGUGUUUCUUGUGUGGAGUUUAGUGGAAGCUGAGGACACGAGUCCUGUCUACUUCAUCGUCGCCCCCAACAUCAUCCACGUCGAUACAGAUGAAGUCGUCACCGUGACGACGUACGGCGUUGAGGAAGAGGUGACGAUACGGCUUUCGUUGUUGGACUUUCCUAAAAGCACAGUUGUCCAUUUUGAGCAGGAGAUCACAGUAUCGUCAAAUGACGUCGUCAAUGCCACAAUCCGCCUCCCGCUGUCAGCCCUGCCACAGACGAAGUUGGACCCCUUCUACGUGUCGCUGGUGGCGGAGUGCACGGCCCUGGCGCUGUCCUUCAGGCAGGAAGUGCCAGUCCUGGUGGACGACAGCCCGGGGGUCAUCUUCAUACAGACAGACAAGCCCGUCUACACCCCAGGGCAGACCGUCAAUAUCAGAGUGCUGCCGCUCAAUGACCAGCAUCUCCCCUCACAGUGGCCCGUGCAGAUUGAUGUCAAGAACCCUGACUCUGUAGCGGUCAGCCGGUCAGUGAGUGAGGGAAACCAGAGCUUCGUGACGGACAAGCUGAAGAUUCCGGACAACCCCGUGUAUGGAAACUGGACAGUGGAGACAAAGUUCUACAACAUGUUGAAAACUUCGGCCAAAGUACGUUUUGAAGUCAAAGAAUAUGUGUUGCCGACGUUCACAGUGAAAUUCGACGUAGCAGAGCAACACAGAGUUAUCCUCCCUGACACGGAGCAUUUCAACACAACACUCAAAGCAACAUACGUAUUCGGGAGGCCAGUCAAGGGUCACGUGACAGUGACAUAUGGACUUGUUUGGCACGGGCAUGUGUUCCCCAUGGGAAAACAACGUAAUAUUUUGUUGAACGGUACCGGCAUGGCGGAAUUCCACGUCAAGACAGACCAGGUGAAACUACCCGUGGAGAGUGUGUGGUUUCCUAAUGGAGGAAGGCUAUAUUUAGAAGCUGACGUCACAGAAGAGGCUUCUGGGAAAGUGGAACACGCUAUUGACCAGUCUGUUGUUUUUGCCGAAACUGCUUAUGUUUUCAAAUUUACAAGAUCCAGUAGAUUCUUCAAGCCAGGUCUUCCGUACAUACUGAGAGUGGAUGUAGUCCGGGCUAACGGAGAUCCUGCGCGAGGGUUGACUGUGGUCGUGGAGGGUGAGGCGGCGGUGAGAGAGGAGGGCGUUCAACUGACCCCCUGGAAUGGGGGAGAGAGGAGGAACUUCCGGACAGAUGACAAUGGAAGACUGACGCUUGACUUCCGGUUGCCAGCAGACGCCAAGAACCUUCACUUCAUGCUGAAGUCCAAAACAAAGGGCCUUGCACGAGCGUCUGAGACGGUGGCCCAUUUCGGCGCGUCCCCCUACUUCUCCCCCUCAGACACCUACAUGCUUGUGAAAGCAAACCCUACUGCAGGGGAUUUCCAGGACGAUAUCCCCGCCGUUGGAGACUACAUAACGGUUCAGACGACAAACACCGACCCCGUUGACCUCAACGUCAUCAACCUGCUGGUUGUUUCACGAGGAAGGGUUGUGUUACAACUGAAAACUCGGAACCUGGGCGGCGCACGCACACAGUUCCACUUCCCUGUUACCCCGGAAAUGUCCCCGAGUGUCCGCCUAUUGGCGUUUUCAAUGCGAGGCUCAGAGGCGGGGUCAGAGGUCAUAGCUGAUUCAACGUGGCUUGAUAUCGAGGAAAGUUGUGAACAUGAGAUAACUAUGAAUGACGACUUGUCGAGACGGGACUACUACCGACCCGGGGACACGGGGACGCUGACUGUGAAGGGCAGGCCAGACAUGAACAUCGGCCUCCUCGCUGUCGACAAGGCGGUGUACUACCUCAAGAACAAACUCUCCUUGUCUAGAAGCACCGUGUUCGACUCACUGAAGCAACAAGACCGUGGGUGUGGCCGAGGAGGGGGCCGGGACAGCGCUAACGUGUUUCAGGACGCUGGACUGACCGUCAUCACGAAUGCGGGGCUAAGAACAGAGCCCCGGGCACAGAAGGCCUGCUCCAACAAGUACGUCAGACGACGCAGGGAGGAAUCGAGAGACAGUGCCCUGGCCACACUGUGUUGCAACGAGGGGUUCGCCGUUGAGAACGCCACAAUCUCCAUCUGCUACAAGUUUGCAUCUGUUGUGAAGAACGGCACCAAGUCCGAAGAAUGUGCUUCCAGCUACUUCCGGUGCUGCAAACACCUUGUCGAAAACCCUGGCAACCACACGGGAUCGGGCAGAAUCACCAAACCCGAGGACGUAGAAGACGAUGGCCUUGACCUUCCGUUCGACCAGAACGACGUUGACGUGUCUUCUAUCCCCCUAAGAUCCAAUUUCCCCGAGGCCUGGUGGUUUGAGGACUAUGUGCUGGAUGGCGAUGGAAAGCGGGAGAUUGAGUUCACCCUGCCGGAUACGAUCACAACCUGGGUUGUGCAAGCGGUGGGCGUGUCAAGACGCCAUAGCUUCUGUGUGGGGAAGGCUCACAACAUCACAGCCUUCAAGAACUUCUUCAUCCAGCUGGACCUCCCCUUCAGCGCUAUCCGGCUGGAGCAGCUGGAGGUCCGGGCUACGAUAUAUAACUACAUGGACAGGAACGUCACGGUGAAAAUGUAUCUCUCAAGUGAAGAGGGAGUGUGUUAUUCGGGAGAUCCCGGAGAAAACUCGGAAGUUGCCGAGCUAGACGUGCCAGCCAAUGAUGCGUCCUCGGUGUCUUUCCCUCUCAUCCCCCUGGAGGUGGGGGAUUACCCCGUCAGGGUGGUGGCCUUCUCCCCCUGGGGAUACGACGCCGUUGAGAAAACUCUCAGAGUCGAGGGUGAGGGGAUGGAGAAGAUCCACACCGUGUCUGUGAUGCUCGACCCCUCCGGCAAGAGGCUGCUGCGAGACACGCCCUACAACUCCUCUUUUGGUCUCAAAUCUGAAAUAAACAAGCACCAGAGCAAGCAGAAGGUCGAGGUCGACCUGCAACUCCCCAAAGAGACUAUCCCAAAGACAGAAACAUGUUCAGUCAGCGCUAUAGGAGAUCUACUGGGCCCCACGGUAACGAGUGUGAUCAAAGGCCUCCACAACCUGCUCCGGCUGCCCACGGGAUGCGGAGAGCAGAAUCUCAUCUUCCUCGGCCCCAACGUGUUUGUGCUGCGGUAUCUCAGGGCCGCCAACCGCCUCCCACAGGCCGUGGAGAAGAAGGCACGGACGUACAUCAGAGAAGGUUUGAAUCGCCAGCUGACGUUCAGAAAGCCCGACGGAUCCUACGGGACAUGGCCCAGCGCAGACUCCAGCACCUGGCUGACGGCAUUUGCCCUGAAGACGUUCACACAGGCGGCGGAGUUCGUGACGGUGGACCCUGUAGUCACGUGUCAGGCCUUCGAGUGGCUGCUCCAUAAACAGAAGGAAGAUGGCACCUUCAUCGAGAACGCUGGGGUCAUGCAUAAGGAGAUGACGGGCGGUGUGAAUGGCGACGCUACACUAACGGCCUUUGUGUUGAUUGCCCUGUUUGAGAGCGAGUGCAUCCCUAUGUCUCGGAACUUUUCGGAGGAGAUCCGGAGGCGAGCAGUAGAGUUCCUGGAGCAAGAGCUGAUGGCUUUGGACCGCCCCCUUGCCGUUGCCAUGACAGCCUACGCCUUGACGAUGUCCCUGAGUCCAGAGAGACACAACGCUUUUGAGAAAAUGAAGGCCAUGGCCCAGUCUUCCGUCGAUGGACAUACAUGUUGGCCGGCUGGUGAGAUCGACCAUAUCGAGGGACACUUCCAUGAGCCCCUGUGGUACGCCAAGAGACCCGGGGCCCUGGCUGUGGAGACCACGGCGUACGCCCUACUGACCUACCUGGAGCACGGCUUCAUCAAGGAGAGCCACUCCAUCGUCACCUGGCUCAUGGGGCAGCGAGAGUCUCACGGCUCCUUCGUCUCUACACAGGACACCGUGAUAGGCCUCCAGGCCCUGUCCGAGUAUAGUAUCAAGACAUACUCGUCCGUCCUCGACAUGACCUGUGACCUCAGGUCCGACGUGGACUCCAGCUUCAAGGAGUCCAUCCUGCUGCAGCACGAGGACGCCUUCGUCCUCAAGACCGUGCCCAAAGUACCGACAGGGGGGAAACUUGUGUUCGAGGCGGCAGGCACGGGGGUCGGGAUGAUGCAGGUGGAAGUCAGGUACAACAUCCCGGAUGAAGACAACAGCUGUCGCUUUGACGUCAUCGUGAAAAGUACCCGGCUGUCGCAUAUGCUGACUCAGUUCUUUUGGCAGAAGGGCAAUUCAGACUGCGAACCGUGUUCCCAGGAGUGUGAUGAGGAAGAGGAUGAGGAGGAAGAGGAGGAGGGAGAUGAUGACAUCGAGUCCUUCACCUUCCCGUCUGUCGUACCUCGGAUCCAUGACAACCGACGCAAAAUCAAAAAUAAUUACAUCGACCACCGUGGAAGCCGCAUAGGACGGCCCUUCUCUCGCAUUGGCAAACCUCUCCACAGACGAGCACGCUCCCUGGUGGCCAGCGCUAGAGUACUGUGCAUUGAAGUGUGUGUCAGGUAUCACGGCGAGAGAGAGACGGGCAUGUCUGUGGUCGAUGUUGGUCUCUUUACUGGCUACAAACCAGUAGAAUCCGAUCUUAAAAACUUGAUAAACAAAGGCAAAAUACAGCACUACGAGCAAUCUCAGAGGUCCGUCAUAUUCUACAUGGAAGAGAUAUCUCACAAGAAGAACGAGUGUCUCAAAUUCCGAGCCAAACAGAGACACAUGGCUGAAAACAUCCAGCCAGCUCAAGUCCAGGUGUACGACUAUUACAAUCCAAAUGAACGGUGCACGAAGUUCUACAAGCCUGACAACGCAAGCGGCCAACUUGCCAACUUCUGUGACAAACAGAAGAAGAUAUGUCAGUGUUUGGAAGGUCGCUGUGGCCGUUGCGAGGAGGUCUGGUAUGGGAAGAAAUGGACCACCUACGUGAAUUACUCCUGUCAAAACGCCACAAACAUUUUGUUGGUGAAAAUUCUGGACCAUGACGUUGCGAAGGCGGGUUUCGAGCGCUACCUAGGUGUAGUACAGCAGGACGUGUACCAAGUUGGCCCCCGCCAGGUGGAGCCACGGACCAAGGUGAUCCUGCUGAAGAGGGCGUCCUGCAGCUGCCCAGGGUUGGAGAAGGACAAGGUCUAUGUCAUGAUGCUGAGGGAACCUAAGAAGUUUGUCGACGUCGAGGGGAACGAGGUGCACGCCUUCCUGCUCGACCAGAAGGCGUUUGUUGUUGAGUAUUACCGACUCAGGGACAAGGGGCUGAACAAUCGCCAGAAGCAGCUCGCCCGCCAUCUCAAGCGGACUGUUAGGAGGCUCACCAGGAAAGGAUGCCGGAAGCUGACAAAGCGGAAGGGCAAGGGCAAGACAAGGGCGCUACGUACAAGGGCAAGGUCAGCUAAGAGGCGGAACCGGAAGCGCAGAGUUAUGCCCUAAAACCAAGGUCAAGGGCAGCUUGAGAAAACAUGGCGCCUCAUGAAACAAAUUACAUGCUGCAUAUUUAUUGCAUGUGGAGGGACAUGUACAAUUAAUGAAAGAGAACCAGUUCAGAGGAUGUGUUCUACGUGCGGAGAAGGGUAUUGUAUAACAGGCGGUUCUAGGGAUCUUAUUACAAUUGUUACGACAGAUUGGUAUAGUUGUGUGUAGCUUUGUGAUGUGAUGUUAUUGUAUCUUUUCCUUCAUAUAGUCACGUAUCGUUCUCCUCUCUUUUCGUUUGUCAAAUUAGCCAUGGAAUUGAAUUUAAACUGAGACCGAUGUCGGAAAAGGCUUAAUGAACCCCCAAGUAAUUAAUCUAAUAAUUAUUGGUUACACAGGGGUUAUGAAGUAAACACAAAUUACAGAGCACUUUUAUUUGUUUGUCUAAAAUAUAUCACAUACGACUAUUUUAUAUUAAAGCAAUCUUAUUUUU